AUGGAAGGCAAAAAGAUCUCUUUUGGUUUUAUGAAAACUAAGAAAGCUGACAAACCCAUUUCUGAUAAUAAUGACGAUAAAAAGGAUUAUAUAGAAUGUGUUGAAGAACAGUCUAUUAAAAUUGUAGGUGGAGAAAAAUUGUCCAGUAAUGAGCCUCUUGUCAUACCUAUGAAGCCCAAUUCACUUAUCACGCCUGGCAGGCUUAGACAAAUAGCUUUGAAAGUAGGAGAUGGUUUAGAAGAGCCAGCAAUUAAAGUAGAACCAAUGGAUGAUGAUAAAAUACCUGAUCUCCUACAAGAUGCUAAAAAAGAGAUAAAAAUUGAAAAUCCUAAAAUGGCAAUACCAACUUCUACUAAAAGUGAUUCUUUGGAAGAACCAGAAAUUAAAACAGAACCAAUGGAGGUUGAUAACAGACCUGAUCCACUAGCAGAAAAUGAGACAUUGGAGCAAAUGGCAGUUCGAGAACUCAUAGAAGAUGCUAAAAAAGAAAUAAAAGUGGAAAAUCCUAUAGUAGCAAUACCAACUUCUAGUAAAGGUGUUGCUGAUGGAGAAAAGGAGUCUACCUUAGAUGACUAUGAUGCAGUACCAGUUCAAGAGUUUGGUCUAGCAAUGUUAAGAGGUAUGGGAUGGACACCAGGCCAGGCAAGUUCAAAAUAUAAGCUGCCAGAACUUCGUCCUAAAGGGCUUGGAUUAGGGGCAGAUAAAGUCAUUAAAGCGAAACCAGAGGCAUCAAAAGACAACAAACAGGAAGAAAUGCUCAUUCUGAAAAAUUCCUAUGUGAAAAUCGUUUGUGGGAAAUAUAGUGACUACUAUGGCAAGGUGGUCAGUUUGGAUGAAGAAAAUGGACGUGUUUUGGUGGACAUUCCUUUGAAGAAAGAAUCUGUCAGUCUCAGCGAGUUCAUGAUGGUUGCUGUAACGAAGACGGAAUACGACAAGGAGUCGAAAGUUAUAAAUUCGGAAUCCUAUGAGGAAUACAAAAGAAAAGAAGUGCCUGAGAAAUAUUCCAGACAAGAUGGUAAGAAAUCAUACCUAAGAGAAGACGGAAAGGCGAGUGGAAGAAAAGAAGAGAAAGAAAAUGAUGGAAGAGAUGAUAAAGAAAAAAGAUCUGAGAAGGAAAGGGACAGAAUAGAUGAAAAAGAGAGAAGGGAUGAAAGAGAACGAGAUAAACGGUCACAGAAAGAGCUGGAAAGACGGCCAGACAAAGUUCGGGAAAGCAGAGAUGAAAGACAAACAGAAAAUAGGAACGAAAGAGAAAGGGGAAGAAAGGAUCGACAAAGUGAGAAUAAUGAUUCCCGAAGACGAAGAGACCAGGAAUCUGCCAAUGGCAAGAAUAAAAACAGGCAGAAAAGAGAUUCUUCUAGCAGUGAAGACAGGUCUAGUAGGAAUAAGAAGACUAAAAAAAGGUAUAGCAGUAGUGAUUCUUUGAGUUCUCAUUCAGAAGAUGAUAGAAAACAAUGCAAACACAAUAAGAAUAAAAGUAGGAGAAGAAGUAGAUCUAGAUCAGGCUCAUAUACGAGAAGUCCUGCUCCAGAAGCUAAAAGAGAAAUUGACAAGAAACGCAAAGGUAAAAAGAAGAAAAGGGACCGAGAUCGCUCACCUAAUUAUAAGAAAUAUAGAAAGUAA